UGGAAACAUUCAUUAUCGAUACUAUCCAUGAGUGGGCAGAGCGUAUCGGUGCUGUCAAAAUACAGAGAGCUAUUGCGGCUCAUAUCGCGCCUUCCAGACCAGAAGAAAACAGACGCGCUUGCCGAGGCGCGGACAUUGAUUCGGGCACGGCGGGCGGAGACGAAUCCUGAGCAGCUUUUGCAGCAUCAGAAGGAGCUCUCGUCAAAAAUUGGAUUCCUGCGAAUCGUGACGCCGCGGAGACCGGGCGAGGUGGGAGCCGGCUCCUUCGUGGUGCGGGACGGGCACCUGGUGCAGGGCAGCGGCGAGCUCAAGGGCGCCAGGGUUGCGGACGGCACGAUAUCCAUGGAGGAAGCCCACAGGCGCAACGACCGGGACUUCAAGCGCUUCUACGGAGCGCCUAAGCCGAAGAACAUUCUGUUCUAGUCUUCUAGAUAUUGGAAGGAUGAUGGAAGGGGAGGAUGGCUGCAUCGAGGCUGCAGUUGGUGUGCGUGGCGGGCAGGGCAGCUGGGGCCCAGGCGGACCCGUCGCGCUGGAGACAAGCUGCCACGCUAAUUGAAGCUUCAUGGGGGCAUGGAAUGUGUCAGGGUGAUGGUCACUGUACCGCCGGCCCGCGGGGUUGGGCGAGCACGUGGUAUUGACGCAUGAGGCCCUCACCUGGUCACAUGACUGCACCAGGCUCUCACCCGCACCUGACAGGAAUGCCCAGGGAAGGCGCCGCCUGUCGCAGUGUGGGCUGUACGACCAUGCGUUAUGCAAACAAUCGAGUUGUCGUAGUUUGGCGUGCGCUGGGCAAUACUAGCGGGCCGUGGCCCGUGCGCUGUGUCGUUGCAUUGGUGUUGGAUGGUUGAAUGUCGCCAUGCAGGAUCGCAGGGAGGCCGGUGCAGAGUUACUCCAUCAGAUGAUACGGUAUAGUAGCACAGUUGGCAGAAGCCCUAGAAUUCUAGAUGCCCCAGGGUGUGUUCCGCAGGUUUCAGUACCGAAUGUGACAUAGAACUACUGCAUUCCGCCCACAGACGUUCAGGCGUUGCAACGUGUGCGUGUGUAUGUAUGUGGGAUGGUGAAGGGCUGGAGGAUACACUGAGCGCCCAUACCCGGUUACAUGAGCGUUGGGUCAGGAUAAUUCGUGACUGGAGUGCUGGAUGAAGUGGAGGCGCUCACAUGGUUGCUGUGGUGCAGGCAGUGGGUAUGAGAGUGUCAGGAAAUUGUCGUUGGCCCUUGUUUGUUGAGGCCGGGGGAGGCUGAGAUCGUACGGUUGUUGCAUUAACCGGACUUGCAAGGCCGUACCUGGCCAUCACUAGAGCCGCAUGGGCAUGCCUUCCUCCUGCGCGCGGUUGUCUGUUGAGUUCGACUCGUCACCACAUCUGUCAUCACACGCCGGGCCUGAAUGAAUGUAAGAGUAACCUAAGUCGUCACGCUAAGUUGUACACGAAUUCAAACUUGGCACAGUGGGCAAGCCCACUGCAACCCCGCCGCAAGCCCAAGUUCUCGUCUCUUCACGGCCAUCAACCUCUUCAGCGCCCACCAGCGCUUGCCAGCCUCCACAAGGCACGU